GGAUUAGCAGCGUGGGAAAGAGCCCGUGAGCUGCCUCUUUAGCAUUGGAAAGCCCAAGAAGAAAGGCUGACAGGAAGAGGGUUUUGGCCCACCUUCAUAAUCAUCCUGUCAAUCUCACUUUGGUCUUGUCUUCCUGAAGCAGCUUGGAAUUGUGUCAUACAAACAGCCCAGUGGCAUCAAAGUGCAAUUGGCACAAGUCCUGACGGGAUGAAUGGACUUGAGGCUGGCAGCAUGGUCUCCCGAUUGCGAUCUGCGAGAAAAGUUGCUGGGAUGGUUGCAGUGCCACAGGAACCAAUUCAGCUGCCCUUUCCUAAUCCUUUGUGCUAUUUGUCCGUGAAAGCAAACGGCUCCAUUGUUCCAGGUUGAGACACUUCAGUUGUGGGUGGGCUGCUGUGCAGAACAGGCCAAAUUCCGCUGAAAGCUGCUGAGAAGUUGAGCAAGUCACACUUCUAAGCAGGAGCAGAGUCACAGAGGGGUAAUGCCGGGCCUGCGGCAAACCUAGUCUUGGGGCCCUCCUUCUGGGAUGAGGCUGCAGCUCAGUGGCAGAGCAUCUGCUUUGUAUGCAGAAGGUCCCCGGUUCACUCUGGCAUUUCCAGGUAGGGUUGAGAAAGACUCCUGCCUGAAACCCUGCAGAGCUGCUGCUGUCAGUGUAGAGCAGGGGUUCCCAACCUGUGGAACUCCAGGUGUUGCUGAACUAGUCUGGGAGUGCAUUCCUGCUUUGGAUCCCUCAGAGUUAGCUAAUUACAGGCCUGUCUCUAAUCUUCCUUGGUUGGGCAAAAUGAUUGAAUGAGUGGUUGCUUCUCUGUUCCAGGCAGUUUUGGACAACACAGAUAAUUUAGAUCCUUUCCAGACUGGCUUUCGGGUGGACUAUGGGGUUGAGACUGCCUUGGUCAGCCUAAUGGAUGAUCUCCAAUUGGCAGUUGACAGAGGGAGGGUGACUCUGCUGAGCCUUUUGGAUCUCUCAGCGGCUUUCGAUACUAUUGACCAUGGUCUCCUGCUGGGUCGCUUAAAGGAGGUGGGAUUGAGUGGCACUGUUUUACAGUGGUUCCACUCCUACCUCUCUGGCAGAUUCCAGAUGGUGUCACUUGGAGACUGUUGUUCUGAAAAGUGAGAGCUAAACUGUGGUGUUCCACAAGGCUCCAUACUGUCUCCAGUGCUUCUUAACAUCUACAUGAAACCGCUGGGAGAGAUCAUAGUGACCGAUAUAUGACGACGAGAGAUUAUCUGUCUGUGAAAAUCUGGGAUUUAAAUAUGGAAAAUAGACCUGUGGAAACAUACCAGGUACAUGAAUACCUCAGAAGUAAACUUUGUUCACUGUAUGAAAACAACUGCAUUUUUGACAAAUUUGAGUGCUGUUGGAAUGGCUCAGACAGAGUUGUCAUGACUGGCUCCUGCAACAACUUCUUCCGAAUGUUCAACAGGAACACCAAGCAGGAUAUCACCUUGGAAGCAUCCUGGGGAAACAAUAAGCCCCGCAUGGUGCUGAAACCCCGCAAAGUCUGCGCCAGUGGCAAGUGGAAGAAGGACGAGAUCAGCGUCGACAGCCUAGAUUUCAACAAGAUUUUCCACACAGCCUGGCAUCCCAAGGAAAACGUCGUUGCUGUAGCCACUACAAACAACUUUUAUAUAUUUCAAGACAAAGUGAAUUAGGGGUAGAAUUUCUGGCAGAGGAGUCCACUUCCUGCAUAGUUCUGAUAGAUGAAUCUAGCAUUUGUACCCAUAAACAAUAGAGGGGAGAAAACAGAGAGCAGGGAGAAAGAGAAGAGUCCAUUGCGGGGCACCCUUUCCCAGUGUUUAAAAAAGAAAGAAAGAAAGAAAGAAAAAGUGCCAUAUUGACAACCCAUUUUUAUAGAUAGCUACAUGGGUGUUCUCUCUGUGCCGGAGAGUCCUUCAUGUCUGCUGGCCAUUGUGAGGUUAGGCAGUUUUCCAUGUAAUGACUCUGCACCAUCAUGCCUAGUGGACUAGAGGUUGGACUGUAUCAGUGUUUGGUUUCUCCCAUUGCCUUCCAUUGUGAUGAUGUCAGCUAUGGGCAGGGGGAGGACGGAGCCUUCAAGUCAUGCUGUGGGAUUUAAUUGUGUAACCUCAUUACUGUAUUAUUUGUGGCCCUUUUUUAUUAUUAAACAACAGCUAAAAAAAAAUUUAAUUGUAAACCGCCCUGAGCCAUUUUGGAAGGGUGGUAUACAAAUAAAAUAAAAUAAAAUAAAAUAAAUAAAUAAUCAUCGGGCAGUUUGGUCUGGGAUGCUAUCAAUAUGCUAAUGACACCCAGAUCUAUUUCUCUAUGCCAACUUUAUCAGGAACUGGCAUGACCUCCCUAAGUGCCUGCCUGGAGGUGAUAUUGGACUGGAUGAGGGAUAACAGGCUGAAGUUGAAUCCAAACAAGAUGGAGGUACUGUCUGUAGGGGGUCAGGAUCCGAGAGAUGUUUUAGAUCUGCCUGUUCUGGCUAGGGUUACACUCCCCCUAAAAGAUCAGGUUAAUAGUCUGGGAAUGCUCCUGGUUCCCAAACUCUCCCUGGUUUCUCAGGUUGAGGCUGUGGCUAGGAGUGCUUUUUAUCAGCUUUGGCUGAUACGCCAGAUAGGUCCACUUCUGGAGACAAAUAACUUCAAAACAGUGGUGCUUCUGUUGGUAACCUCUAGGCUUGACUACUGUAAUGCACUCUAUAUGGGGCUACCUUUGUAUGUAGUUCAGAAACUACAAUUGGUACAGAAUGCGGCAGCCAGAUUGGGUCUGGGCUUACCGGCAGGGACCAUAUAACACUGAUUCUAAGAGAACUACACUGGCUGCCGAUAUGUUUCCGAACGAAAUACGAAGUACUGAUUCUUACCUAUAAGCCCUUAAUGGCUUAAGCCCAGGGUACUUAAGAGAGCACCUUCUCUGUCAUGAACCUUGUUGCCUAUUAAGAUCAUCUGGAGAGGUGCGGUUACGGUUGCCACUCGUUUGGUGGCGACCCAGGACUGGACCUUCUCUGUGGCUGCCCCAGGGGUUUGGAACACGCUCCCUGCUGAAAUAAAAGCAUCUCCUUCUCUGUUUGUUUUUAGGAGGACACUGAAGACGUACCUAUUUUCCCAGGCUUUUAACUGAAAUCUCAUUUUUAAAUUUUAAUGUUUUUUAUCCAUCAUGAUUUUUAUUUUUUAAAUGAAUUUUAAAUGUU